AUGCCCACCAAUUGCGUCGAGAUAGGCAUUCACACAGUAGAAGCUUUAGAAGGCCUUACGCAGAGAUUCUGGCCCAGAAAUACCAUAACAUGUCCCAAAGCUGAAAUUGAAAAUGGAUUUGGAAUUGUAUUAAAUGGAACACUGCACUAUGCCUGCGAUGAAGGUUAUAAGCUUGUCACUAAAGGCUGGUGGGGUGAAGCCAAAUGUAACAAGCGCAAGUGGUCUACAAUCCAAAAAUGCAUCGAUGAAAACAGUUGUGGAAAAGUGCCUAAUAUUACUAAUGGGAGAGUGAUCUAUGGAACUGAUACGAAUCAAGAAAAUACCUUCGAGAUUGUUUGUAAGGAAGGAUAUCUUGCUCUGAUUCAUGAACUAACCUGUCAAAACGGGAAUUGGCAAUCUGGAAAAAUCCCAUUCAAAAAGAUCUGUGCACCUAUCUCCAAGCCCUGUGAGGCCCCACCUAGAGUAAAGAAUGCAGUUGUUCGUGGUGCAUAUCAGAAGGAAUACUCGUCUGGCUCUACAGUAACUUAUCUGUGCCGCCAGAAGUAUACAAUGGAGGGAGAAGGCAUGAUUACAUGCACAAAUGGGCAUUGGGAUAAGGUGGACAUUAAUUGUACAUGUACGUACUUUCAAAAGCCUUGCACAAAACCUUUAACACAAUUCCAGUUGGGUAGCAUGUUGACUUAUCAAGAUGCCGAAUGCUAUUAUGAAUCACACUGUCACAAGCCCGAAGAUGAGACGGAUACAAUGAGGGUCACCGAGGAUAAAGAAAGAUAUGUGCAUGAUGAUGUCAUUGAGUAUAGAUGUAUCUCACCUAGUGAAAAAGCUGGCAGUGCAACAUGUGUCAACGGCGAAUGGGAUAAACCAGUAACAUGUAAAGACACAUGCACAGUCACAGAUGUACUUGGCAAAGCAAAGCUCCACAAAUAUGUAGAAGGUGCACAACUAAGGGAAGGAGAAAAGUUAAGGUUUUAUUGCAACCUGCGUGGACACAUUCUUCAAGGGAAGGAAGAGGUCGAAUGUUUAGCAGACGGACAAUGGAGUGGUCCCUUCCCAACAUGUGGAGUUCCUGCAGGCUGUGAAAGACCACCUGUCCUUGCAAAUGGAGACACCACAACCAGUGUUAAACCUCAAUAUGAGCAUAAUGAAAGAGUUGAAUACAUAUGUCAGCGAUACUACAUCAUGGAGGGCGAGCCUUACCAAACCUGCAACAAUGGUGAAUGGACUGGAGAGAUGAAAUGCCUCAAACCCUGCACUGCGGAUAAAGAACUCCUGGAAACACAUAAUCUUGAAUUCAUACAUAUAAGUGCAGAUAAAUUGUAUUCAGCCCAUGAUGAUGUAAUAGAGUUCCGGUGUGUCAGAGGAACAACACAUGACGGCAGAGUGGGAAUGCGUCAGAAGUGUAAUGAUGGUGUGAUGGACCUGCCAACUUGCCAUUAAGAGUUUUAGUCAGCUGGAAGUGAUAAACAUGAGCUGUCUGGACAAACAUGUAAAAGAUAAUCAGAAUUAAGUUUUAGACAAGUUAUAUACUGAUCAACUGUCUGUACUUCAGUGCUGUGUGUGGUAAUUUUCAUAAAACAUAUUCACU